AUGACUUUUGUAGAGUAUUCAGAGUUUAUCCAGGAGGGUGAUGUUGCCAUUAUCUUCCUGGGUCAUGACUCAAUGAUGCCAGUCAAGGUGCAGCAGGGUUCCCAAACACAAACACGCUAUGGAGUCAUCCGCCACUCCAAGGACCUGAUAGGCCAGCGCUUUGGCACAAAGGUCACCUGCGGCAAAGGCGGCUGGGUCUAUGUGCUGCACCCCACCCCUGAGCUGUGGACCCUCAACCUGCCCCACCGCACCCAGAUACUCUACACAACAGACAUUGCCAACAUUACUAUGAUGCUGGAGCUCAAGCCUGCCUCUGUCGUCUGUGAAUCAGGUGAGAGUGACAAAACCCGCUGUUUUUCUGCUUUGUCUGAGGACAUGAAUCAUUUGAAACUUUCCUGAACGUCACCCAUUUCACUGAAUAACUGCUUAGCAAAUGACACACGCAUACAGUAUGGAUUGCAUGUUUCAUGUCCCUGUAGGAGAGGGUCACAAACAGAGAGAAGACCUGGAGGAGGAAUGUGUUAUAGACUAGUGGGAAACCACACACUCAACAACAAAAGGCUAAAUGUGACACCAAUGAUUCUUGUAACAGAGGAGCCAGUUAGCGAAAGCUCCCACUCAAGAGCCGAGGGAAGUGGAGGGGGCAACAUCACACUUUUGGUGACGCAUGCCAAGUUGUCAUGAUUAUCACGUUUUGGAGAAAGCCGUUGCUGUCUGUUUUCAGUGGGUCACACCAUCACAUAUUUACCUUGAGGCCUGUUACGAUGAUGCUCUCCCUUUUAAAUUAAGAGCUGAGGGAAAUCCAUGUUGUGGAGUUUUACAUCCCAUUUCUUAGACUUAGGGUGCCCACAGGUGUCAAAUCCUACUUCAACUUUCUUUAUUGACCAAUUCAGUUAAGUGGUCAGUUAUGAGAAUGAUCUGAACUAGACAUGAGAUGGAACACCACAGUAGUACCAUCUAAAAAUCUCCUCCAGGAAGGAGUGUCCACCAGUUGAAUUCAUUUAAAAGUAAAGUGAUUGUGUGUGGGUGGGUGGCUAAUGGAUGGCUGAUGCAGCCUUGGCUAUGUGUACGUGCCUGGCUAGGAGUGCCUGGAGGCAGACGGCUGUUCUUGCCGCAGUGCUUCAUCAUGCUUUACUGCUGUGCUAUUCUUUCCCAGUCGGCAGGUUAUUGAUGGAACACCGGUAAACGUGUGCCGACUCCCAGACGGCGUAUCAAUGAACAAACUACUUGAUCAGCCCCCGCCCGCCCUCCCUGGCAUAAUGGGGAGCCGCAACAUGUCCUGCAGUAUUGUCACGUUUCUCAGCCUCUUCAUGUGGGUCUUUACACUGCUUUGAAAAAGUGCCGGCUCCAAAACAUAGUCGGGUCAAAAUGCUGAUGCAGCAGUACAAUGCACCAUUGCAUGCGGAGUCAUUUUUGUUGGUUGGUUUUGAACUGGUGUAAGACAAUGUAGCCUAAUUGAGUGACGAAAGACCCCCAACGUACCAGCCUGUCAUGAGGACCACCUCCCCUCUCCUCAUUAGAUUUCAUGGUGUGUUUUGGCACUGAAACCUUGUUUCACUGUAGAAAAUAAACACUUAUUGGAUGUCUGGUCUUUCCUAAAUGUUGAUCAAAAUGACUGAUAAGACCAUGGAAACUUAGCAACUGAUUAGAUGUUGAAUCUACUUACGGUAAUUACUUGCUAAUACAUGAACACUGGAUGACGACAAUGAGCCUAUCUGCCGAUAAGCACUUACUAAUAUCAGGGGUGACUUACAGUUCUAUGAAAAAGUAUUUGCCCCCUUUCUAAUUUUCUCUACUUUUGCAUAUUUGUGAUACUGAAUGUAAUCAGAUCUUCAACCAAAACCUAAUAUUAGAAAAAGGGAACAUAAGUGAACAAAUAACACAACAAUUACAUAUUUAUUUCAUAAACAAAGUUAUGCAAAACCCAAUUCCCCUGUGUGAAAAAGUAAUUGCCCCCUUACACUCAAUAACUGGUUGUGCCACCUUUAGCUGCAAUGACUCCAACCAAAUGCUUCCUGUAGUUGUUGAUCAGUCUGUCACGUCGCUGUGGAGGAAUUUUGAACCACUCUUCCAUGCAGAACUGCUUUAACUCAGUGACGUGUGGGUUUUCAAGCAUGAACUGCUCGUUUCAAGUCCUGCCACAACAUCUCAAUUGGGAUUAGGUCUGGACUUUGACUAGGCCAUUCCAAAACUUCCAAUUUGUUGCUUUUUAGCAAUUUUCAUGUAGACUUGAUUGUGUGUUUUGGAUCAUUGUCUUGCUGCAUGACCCAGCUACGCUUCAGCUUCAGUUCACAGACGGAUGGUCUGACAUUCUCCUGUAGAAUUCUCUGAUACAGAGCAGAAUUCAUGGUUCCUUCUAUUAAGGCAAGUCGUCCAGGUCCUGAGGCAGCAAAGCAUCCCCAAACCAUCACACCACCACCACCAUGCUUGACCUUUGGUAUGAUGUUCUUACUGAGGAAUUGGUUUUCGCCAGGCAUUACUGGAACCAUGUCGUCCAAAAAGUUAUACUUUUUAAUCAUCUGUCCAUAGAACGUUCUUCCAAGAGUCUUGAUGAUCAUCCAGGUGCUUUUUGGCAAACUUGAGUCAACUUUUUGGACGAGAUGGGUCCCAUUAUGCCUGGCGAAAACCAAACACUGGUUGGAGUCAUUUGGUUGGAGUCAUUGCAGCUAAAGGUGGCACAACCAGUUAUUGAGUGUAAGUGGGCAAUUACUUUUUCACACAGGGGAAUUGGGUGUUGCAUAACAUUGUUUAUGAAAUAAAUAUGUAAUUGUUGUUAUUUGUUCACUUAUGUUCCCUUUAUCUAAUAUUAGGUUUUGGUUGAAGAUCUGAUAACAUUCAGUAUCACAAAUAUGCAAAAGUAGAGAAAAUUAGAAAGGGGGCAAAUACUUUUUCAUAGCACUGUAUAUUUUGUGUCUUGAGUGACUUUGUGAAUGAGCAAUGUAAACAGGCAGUGAUAAGAAGUGACUAUGUGUUGUAGGGGGAAUUCACAGUCACUAGAGGAGUCACCUUGCAGCUAGAUUGCGCUGAAGUUCACCAGGCUAGCCCUAGCACAAGGUCUCCUGUUAUCAUGUUCUGCUGCUUCUCAUGUAGUUGUUUAAUUUCAUCCCUCUUUGCUGCCUGCUGACCAGGCUCCAUCCUUCUGCCAGGAUUAGAUUAGAACUCUUGAUAGGAGUCUCUGGUCAGGGCUGUUUUCAUCAACGCUGGCCUAAUGGGAAAGCUAAUGGGUGCUCACUGCUCAGAGCCUCUGAUGAAGAUGCCAACCGCGGCCUUCUUCUUACCCAAUCAGGUGGCACCCUCGUGGUGGGCAUGGGAUGAGUGCCAGUUCCCAGUACUGAUGGGCAGUGUGUGAGAUGGGAAGAUACUUUGGUCUCUUGUCCUGCAGCUCAUUAUCCUCAGGCAGCAGAAAUGUUCAAUGUCUUUUGAAAGUCAAGUUGAAACUCACCAGGAAACUGUAUUCACAGAUGGUGCUCUUUCCCUCGCUCUUUCAUUCCAUCAUUGUCUCUGUCUCUCACAUGGAAGGCUUAUUAAAUGAACUAGGUUGCUCUCUGAUUCUGAAUAUGCUCUUGUAACUACAGGAUAUAUUUUUUAUAUAAACAGUAACAGUCAAAGGUUUGGACACUCCUACUCAUUCAAGGGUUUUUCUUUAUUUUUACUAUUUUCUACAUUGUAGAAUAAUACUGAAGACAUCAAAACGAUGAAAUAACAUACAUUGCUCAAAAAAAUAAAGGGAACACUAAAAUAACACAUCCUAGAUCUGAAUGAAUGAAAUAAUCUUAUUAAAUACUUUUUUCUUUACAUAGUUGAAUGUGCUGACAACAAAAUCACACAAAUUAUCAAUGGAAAUCAAAUUUAUCAACCCAUGGAGGUCUGGAUUUGGAGUCACACUCAAAAUUAAAGUGGAAAACCACACUACAGGCUGAUCCAACUUUGAUGUAAUGUCCUUAAAACAAGUCAAAAUGAGGCUCAGUAGUGUGUGUGUGUGUGUGUGGCCUCCACGUGCCUGUAUGACCUCCCUACAACGCCUGGGCAUGCUCCUGAUGAGGUGGCGGAUGGUCUCCUGAGGGAUCUCCUCCCAGACCUGGACUAAAGCAUCCGCCAACUCCUGGACAGUCUGUGGUGUAACGUGGCGUUGGUGGAUGGAGCGAGACAUGAUGUCCCAGAUGUGCUCAAUUGGAUUCAGGUCUGGGGAACGGGCGGGCCAGUCCAUAGCAUCAAUGCCUUCCUCUUGCAGGAACUGCUGACACACUCCAGCCACAUGAGGUCUAGCAUUGUCUUGCAUUAGGAGGAACCCAGGGCCAACCGCACCAGCAUAUGGUCUCACAAGGGGUCUGAGGAUCUCAUCUCGGUACCUAAUGGCAGUCAGGCUACCUCUAGCGAGCACAUGGAGGGCUGGGCGGCCCCCCAAAGAAAUGCCACCCCACACCAUGACUGACCCACCGCCAAACCGGUCAUGCUGGAGGAUGUUGCAGGCAGCAGAACGUUCUCCACGGCGUCUCCAGACUCUGUCACGUCUGUCACAUGUGCUCAGUGUGAACCUGCUUUCAUCUGUGAAGAGCACAGGGCGCCAGUGGCGAAUUUGCCAAUCUUGGUGAUCUCUGGCAAAUGCCAAACGUGCUGCACGGUGUUGGGCUGUAAGCACAACCCCCACCUGUGGACGUCGGGCCCUCAUACCACCCUCAUGGAGUCUGUUUCUGACCGUUUGAGCAGACACAUGCACAUUUGUGGCCUGCUGGAGGUCAUUUUGCAGGGCUCUGGCAGUGCUCCUCCUGCUCCUCCUUGCACAAAGGCGGAGGUAGCGGUCCUGCUGCUGGGUUGUUGCCCUCCUACGGCCUCCUCCACGUCUCCUGAUGUACUGGUCUGUCUCCUGGUAGCGCCUCCAUGCUCUGGACACUACGCUGACAGACACAGCAAACCUUCUUGCCACAGCUCGCAUUGAUGUGCCAUCCUGGAUGAGCUGCACUACCUGAGCCACUUGUGUGGGUUGUAGACUCCAUCUCAUGCUACCACUAGAGUGAAAGCACCGCCAGCAUUCAAAAGUGACCAAAACAUCAGCCAGGAAGCAUAGGAACUGAGAUGUGGUCUGUGGUCACCACCUGCAGAACCACUCCUUUAUUGGGGGUGUCUUGCUAAUUGCCUAUAAUUUCCACCUGUUGUCUAUUCCAUUUGCACAACAGCAUGUGAAAUGUAUUGUCAAUCAGUGUUGCUUCCUAAGUGGACAGUUUGAUUUCACAGAAGUGUGAUUGACUUGGAGUUACAUUGUGUUGUUUAAGUGUUCCCUUUAUUUUUUUGAGCAGUGUAUAUGGAAUCAUGUAGUAACCAAAAAAGUGUUAAACAAAUCAAAAUAUAUUUUAUAUUUUAGACUCUUCAAAGUAGCCACCCUUUGCCUUGAUGACAGUUUUGCACACUCUUGUCAUUCUCGCAACCAGCUUCAUGAGGAAUUAUUUUCCAACCGUCUUGAAGGAAUUCCCACAUAUGCUGAGCACUUGUUGGCUGCUUUUCCUUCACUCUACAGUCCAACUCAUCCCAAACCAUCUCAAUUGGGUUGAGGUCGGGUGAUUGUGGAGGCCAGGUCAUCUGUGCAGCACUCCAUCACUCUCCUUGGUCAAAUAGCUUACACAGCCUGGAGGUGUGUUUUGGGUCAUUGUCCAGUUGAAAAACAAAUGAUAGUCCCACUAAGUGCAAACCAGAUGGGAUGGCGUAUCGCUGCAGAAUGCUGUGGUAGCCAUGCUGGUUAAGUGUGCCUUGAAUUCUAAAUAAAUUACAGACAGUGUCACCAGCAAAGCACCAUCACACCUCCUCCUCCAUGCUUCACGGUGGUAACCACACAUGCGGAGAUCAUCCGUUCACCUACUCUGCGUCUCACAAAGACAUGGCGGUUGGAACCAAAAAUCUCAAAUUUGGACUCAUCAGCCCAAAGGACAGAUUUCCACCGGUCUAAUGUCCAUUGCUUGUGUUUCUUGGACCAAGCAAGCGUCUUCUUCUUAUUGGUGACCUUUAGUAAUGGUUUCUUUGCAGCAAUUAGACCAUGAAGGCCUGAUUCACGCAGUCUACUCUGAACAGUUGAUGUUGAGAUGUUUCUGUUACUUGAACUCUGAAGCAUUUAUUUGAGCUGCAAUUCUGAGGCUGGUAACACUAAUGACCUUAUCCUCUGCAGCAUAGGUAACUCUGGGUCUUCGUUUCUUGUGGCAGUCCUCAUGAGAGCCAGUUUCAUAAUAGCGUUUGAUGGUUUUUGUGACUGCACCUGAAGAAACGUUCAAAGUUCUUUAAAUUUUCUGGAUUGACUGACCAAAUGCAUUAAGAAGGAAAUCAAUUCCAAAAAUUAACUUUUAAGAAGGCACACCUGUUCAUUGAAAUGCAUUCCAGGUCUGUAAUUUUUAUCAUAGGUACACUUCAACUGUGAGAGACGGAAUCUAAAACAAAAAUCCAGAAAACCACAUUGUAUGAUUUUUAAGUAAUUCAUUUGCAUUUUAUUGCAUGACAUAAGUAUUUGAUCACCUACCAACCAGUAAGAAUUCCGGCUCUCACAGACCUGUUAGUUUUUCUUUAAGAAGCCCUCCUGUCCUCCACUCAUUACCUGUAUUAACUGCACCUGUUUGAACUUGUUACCUGUAUGAAAGACACCUGUCCACACACUCAAUCAAACAAACUCCAACCUCUCCACAAUGGCCAAGACCAGAGAGCUGUGUAAGGACAUCAGGGAUAAAAUUGUAGACCUGCACAAGGCUGGGAUGGGCUACAGGACAAUAGGCAAGCAGCUUGGUGAGAAGGCAACAACUGUUGCCGCAAUUAUUAGAAAAUGGAAGAAGUUCAAGAUGACGGUCAAUCACCCUUGGUCUGGGGCUACAUGCAAGAUCUCACCUCGUGGGGCAUCAAUGAUCAUGAGGAAGGUGAGGGAUCAGCCCAGAACUACACGGCAGGACCUGGUCAAUUACCUAAAGAGAGCUGGGACCACAGUCUCAAAGAGAACCAUUAGUAACACACUAAGCCAUCAUGGAUUAAAAUCCUGCAGCGCACGCAAGUUCCCCUGCUCAAGCCAGCGCAUGUCCAGCCCCGUCUGAAGUUUGCCAAUGACCAUCUGGAUGAUCCAGAGGAGGAAUGGGAGAAGGUCAUGUGGUCUGAUGAGACAAAAAUAUAGCUUUUUGGUCUAAACUCCACUCGCCGUGUUUGGAGGAAGAAGAAGGAUGAGUACAACCCCAAGAACACCAUCCCAACUGUGAAGCAUGGAGGUGGAAACAUCAUUCUUUGGGGAUGCUUUUCUGCAAAGGGGACAGGACGACUGCACCGUAUUGAGGGGAGGAUGGAUGGGGCCAUGUAUCGCGAGAUCUUGGCCAACAACCUCCUUCCCUCAGUAAGAGCAUUGAAGAUGGGUCGUGGCUGGGUCUUCCAGCAUGACAACGACCCGAAACACACAGCCAGGGCAACUAAGGAAUGGCUCCGUAAGAAGCAUCUCAAGGUCCUGGAGUGGCCUAGCCAGUCUCCAGACCUGAACCCAAUAGAAAAUCUUUGGAGGGAGCUGAAAGUCCGUAUUGCCCAGCGACAGCCCCGGAACCUGAAGGAUCUGGAGAAGGUCUGUAUGGAGGAGUGGGCCAAAAUCCCUGCUGCAGUGUGUGCAAACCUGGUCAAGACCUACAGGAAACGUAUGAUCUCUGUAAUUGCAAACAAAGGUUUCUGUACCAAAUAUUAAGUUCUGCUUUUCUGAUGUAUCAAAUACUUAUGUCAUGCAAUAAAAUGCAAAUGAAUUACUUAAAAAUCAUACAAUGUGAUUUUCUGGAUUUUUGUUUUAGAUUCCGUCUCUCACAUUUGAAGUGUAUCUAUGAUAAAAAUCACAGACCUCUACAUGCUUUGUAAGUAGGAAAACCUGCAAAGUCGGCAGUGUAUCAAAUACUUGUUCUCCCCACUGUACGUACAUACAUACAUACAUGCAUACAUACAUACAUACAGCUAAAAAAUUAAGAGACCACUGCGAAUCUUUCUUAAAUCAGCAUCUCUACAUGUAUGACAUCCAUUCCAUUCCAGUGUCUGUUGAAUUCCAACACAGGCACACCUCAUUCUACUGAAUUAGGUACUGAUUAGGUGAUCACCUGAACCAAAUCUUAUUUAACGAGGAGAAGUAUAAAAACCACUGCUGUGGUCAUCACUAUCCUCUUGCUGGAUGGCAAAAACAGUGCUAAUAGUACCUCAAAAGUAAAUUAAUCAAAAAAUAACUAUGGACCAUGCCAAAAGAGUUGAAAAGGAAUGUUUUGAGUGAGGAAAAGAAGGGGUCAAUUCUGGCUUUACUGGCAGAGGGAUACAGUGAGCGUCAGGUUGCUUCCGUCCUUAAAAUGUCAUUGGGGACAACAAAGCUACAGACCGGCAGAGGGCGAAAACGAGAUUCUACUGACCGGGAUGACAGCCAACUCAUUCGAAUGUCGCUCAACAACCGUAGGAUGACAUCAAGUGACCUACAAAAAGAAUGGCAAACAGCAGCUGGGGUGAAGUGCACGGCGAGGACGGUUCAAAACAGGCUCCUAGGGGCAGGGCUGAAGUCAUGCAAAGCUAGAAAAAAAGCCCUUCAUCAAUGAGAAGCAAAGAAGAGCCAGGCUGAGGUUUGCAAAAUACUUGGACAGUAGAGGACUGGAGUAAGGUCAUUUUCUCUGAUGAGUCCAAUUUUCAGCUUUGCCCAACACCUGGUCGUCUAGUGGUUAGACGGAGACCUGGAGAGGCCUACAAGCCACAGUGUCUCGCACCCACUGUGAAAAUUGGUGGAGGAUCGGUGAUCUGGGGGUGCUUCAGCAAGGCUGGAAUGGGGCAGAUGUGUCUUUGUGAAGGACACAUUAAUCAAGCCACGUACAAGGUUGUCCUGGAAGAGAACUUGCUUCCUUUUGCUCUGACAUUGUUCCCCAACUCUGAGGAUUGGUUUUUCCAGCAGGACAAUGCGCCAUGCCACACAGCCAGGUCAAUCAAGGUGGGGAUGGAGGUCCACCAGAUCAAGACCCUGUCAUGGCCAGCCCAAUCUCCAGACCUGAACCCCAUUGAAAACUUCUGGAAUGUGAUCAAGAGGAAGAUUUGUUGCUAAGAGUAUCAUAAAGUCACCCAACAUCAAUGUGAAAGACUGGUGGAGAGCAUGCCAAGACGUAUGAAAGCUGUGUUAAAACAUUUAGUAUUGUGUUGUUUAAAAAUGGACAUGAACUUAUUUUCUUUGCAUUAUUCGAGGUAUUUUUAGUUAUUUUGACCAGUUGUCAUUUUCUGCAAAUAAAUGCUCUAAAUGGCAAUACUUUUAUUUGGAAUUUGGGAGAAAAUAAUGUUAAUUUUACCCAAACACAUACCUAUAAAUAGGAAAUCCAGAGAAACUGAUAAUUUUGCAGUGGUCUCUUAAUUUUCUCCAGAGCUGUAUAUGUGUGUGUGUAUACAGUGAGGGGGAAAAAGAAUUUGAUCCCCUGCUGAUUUUGUACGUUUGCCCAUUGACAAAGAAAUGAUCAGUCUAUAAUUUUAAUGGUAGGUUUAUUUGAACAGUGAGAGACAGAAUAACAACAAAAAAUUCCAGAAAAAAACGCAUGUCAAAAAUGUUAUUAAUUGAUUUGCAUUUUAAUGAGGGAAAUAAGUAUUUGACCCCUCUGCAAAACAUGACUUAGCCAACAAGGGUUUUGCCACCAAGUACUAUCACAGAGGUCAGACGUUUCUUGUAGUUGGCCACCAGGUUUGAACACAUCGCAGGAGGGAUUUUGUCCCACUUCUCUUUGCAGAUCUUCUCCAAGUCAUUAAGGUUUCGAGGCUGACGUUUGGCAACUCGAACCUUCAGCUCCCUCCACAGAUUUUCUAUGGGAUUAAGGUCUGGAGACUGGCUAGGCCACUCCAGGACCUUAAUGUGCUUCUUCUUGAGCCACUCCUUUGCUGCCUUGGCCAUGUGUUUUGGGUCAAUGUCAUGCUGGAAUACCCAUUUUCAAUGCCCUGGCUGAGGGAAGGAGGUUCUCACCCAAGAUUUGACGGUACAUGGCCCCAUCCAUCGUCCCUUUGAUGCGGUGAAGUUGUCCUGUCCCCUUAGCAGAAAAACACCCCCAAAGCAUAAUGUUUCCAGCUCCAUGUUUGACGGUGGGGAUGGUGUUUUUGGGGUCAUAGGCAGCAUUCCUCCUCCUCCAAAGACGUUGAGUUGAUGCCAAAGAGCUCCAUUUAUGGUCUCAUCUGACCACAACACUUUCACCCAGUUCUCCUCUGAAUCAUUCAGAUAUUCAUUGGCAAACUUCAGACGGGCAUGUAUAUGUGCUUUCUUGAGCAGGGGGACCUUGCGUGCUCUGCAGGAUUUCAGUCUUUCACGGUGUAGUGUGUUACCAAUUGUUUUCUUGGUGACUAUGGUCCCAGCUGCCUUGAGAUAAUUGACAAGAUCCUCCCGUUUAUUUCUGGGCUGAUUCCUCACCGUUCUCAUGAUCAUUGCAACUCCACAAGGUGAGAUCUUGCAUGGAGCCCCAGGCCGAGGGAGAUUGACAGUUCUUUUGUGUUUCUUCCAUUUGCGAAUAAUCGCACCAACUGUUGUCACCUUCUCACCAAGCUGCUUGGCGAUGGUCUUGUAACCCAUUCCAGCCUUGUGUAGGUCUACAAUCUUGUCCCUGACAUCCUUGGAGAGCUCUUUGGUCUUGGCCAUGGUGGAGAGUUUGGAAUCGGAUUGAUUGCUUCUGUGGACAGGUGUCUUUUAUACAAAUAACAAGCUGAGAUUAGGAGCACUCCCUUUAAGAGUGUGCUCCUAAUCUCAGCUUGUUACCUGUAUAAAAGACACCUGGGAGCCAGAAAUCUUUCUGAUUGAGAGGGGAUCAAAUACUUAUUUCCCUCAUUAAAAUGCAAAUAAAUUUAUAACAUUUUUGACAUGCGUUUUUCUGGAUGUAUUUGUUGUUAUUCUGUCUCUCACUGUUCAAAUAAACCUACCAUAAAAAUUAUAGACUGAUCAUUUCUUUGUCAGUGGGCAAACGUACAAAAUCAGCAGGGGAUCAAAUACUUUUUUCCCUCACUGUGUAUAUCUCACAUACACUACUGUUCAAAAGUUUGGGAUCACGUAGAAAUGUCCAUGUUUUUGAAAGAAAUGCACUUUAUUUUUGGUCCAUUUUUUUAAAAUAACAUCAAAUUGAUCAGAAAUACAGUGUAGACAUUGUAAAGUUGCAUAUGGCUGUUGUAGCUGGAAACUGCUUUUUUAAUUUAUUUUUACAAAUGGAAUAUCUGCAUAGGCGUACAGAGGCCCAUUAUCAGCAACAAUCAGUCCUGUGUUCCAAUGGCGUGUUGUUUGCUAAUCCAAGUUUUUAUAGUUUUAAAAGGCUAAUUGAUAAUUAGAAACCCCUUUUGCAAUUAUGUUAGCACAGCUGAAAACUGUGCUGAUUAAAGAAGCAAUAAAACUGGCCUUCUUUAGACUAGUUGAGUAUCUGGAGCAUCAGCAAUUGUGGGUUCGAUUACAGGCUCAAAAUGGCCAGAAACAAAUAACUUUCUUCUGAAACACCAGUCUCAACGUCAACAAUGAAGAGGUGACUCCGGGAUGCUGACCUUCUAGGCAGAGUUGCAAAGAAAAAGCCAUAUCUCAGACUGGCCAAUAAAAAUAAAAGAUGGGCAAAAGAACACAGACACUGGACUUUUUCUUUGCAUCUGUGCCUAGAAGGUCAGCAUCCCGGAGUCGCCUCUUCACUGUUGACGUUGAGACUGGUGUUUUGCGGGUACUAUUUAAUGAAGCUGCCAGUUGAGGACCUGUGAGGUGUCUGUUUCUCAAACUAGACACUCUAAUGUAUUUGUCCUCUUGCUCAGUUGUGCACCAGGGCCUCCCACUCCUCUUUCUAUUCUGGUUAGAGUCAGUUUGCGCUGUUCUGUGAAGGGAGUAGUACACAGCGUUGUAUGAGAUCUUCAGUUUCUUGGCAAUUUCUCGCAUGGAAUAGCCUUAAUUUCUCAGAACAAGAAUAGACUGACAAGUUUCAGAAUAAAGUUAUUUGUUUCUGGCCAUUUUGAGCCUGUAAUCGAACCCACAAUUGCUGAUGCUCCAGAUGCUCAACUAGUCUCAAGAAGGCCAGUUUUAUUGCUUCUUUAAUCAGCACAAGAGUUUUCAGCUGUGCUAACAUAAUUGCAAAAGGGUUUUCUAAUGAUCAAUUAGCCUUUUAAAAUUAUGAACUUGGAUUAGCAAACACAACGUGCCAUUGGAACACAAGACUGAUGGUUGCUGAUAAUGGGCCCAUGUAGAUAUUCCAUUAAAAAUCAGCAGUUUCCAGCUACAAUAGCCAUUUACAACAUUAACAAUGUCUACAAUGUAUUUCGGAUCAAUUUGAGGUUAUUUUAAUGGACAAAAAAAUUGCUUUUCUUUUGAAAACAAGGACAUUUCUAAGUGACCCCAAACUUAUGAACGGUAGUGUGUAUAUAUACAUUUAAUUUUUUUACAGUGGAAGAUGUAAAUAGUGUAUCCUCAGUGCACUACAUGCUUAAAAUUGGCAGAACAAAUAGGCCUUCACGUGUACUCUGUGAGGAAUGUUCCUCCUUGGUAUUACCAUGGAAGGUGACUGGAUGUUUUGGAUACUUGCGAUUUGAAGCUAUCCCCUUAGUGCUUAAGUAUUUUCAUAGUAGAACAUUACACACACUUGAGCAGGGUUGGAGCAGAGUUGUGAAUUAAAUUCAGGAGUAAACUACAAAGCCUGGGAAAUGGCUUACCAUGCAGUAACACCACUAUGAUUGCACCAUACACACAGCAACACUACCCACAAAGCAUCAGAUUACAUGCAGUAAGUAGUUACCGGACACUUGUCUGUGCCACUGGCUCUGACGUCAGUCAUCCCGUCGGUCAAACGGCAUUGCGUUUAGCAAGUCAAUGUGCCGCUGUGGGGUAAACAUUGCCCCCAUUGUUGCCAUGAGAACAAAAGCAGCAGUGAUGCAAUGUGAGGAGGGGGAGGAGGAAGGGGCACUGUAGCCCAUCGCCAUGUCCCCCUGCCCUAACCGCGUGUCACAUGAUCGCUUCAGACGAGAUGAGACAACAGCAAGUAUUGUUGUGGUCAUAUAGUAUGAUGUACAGUCCAAGAUUUAAAUACUAUUUUGAUGCUUGCGCAUGCACAACUACACAAACUCUAACAUGUAACAUGUACUGUACAUCAGACACGUUGAUUGAAUAUGAUGACAUAAAUGGUAUUGAUCUGUUUUCAACAUCUUUCCCAUUGUGAACACGCCAGCCAUCUAUGACACUGCUGCUAGUCGCAUACCCUCUCUAAACCCAUUCCCUGUUUGUUUUGUUGUGGUUGUAGGUACGGGCAGCGGGUCUUUGUCCCACGCCAUCCUGCGCACCAUCGCGCCCACGGGCCACCUGCACACUGUGGAGUUCCACCAGCAGCGUGCUGAGAAGGCGGAGGAGGAGUUCAGGGAGCACCGCGUAGGCCACCUGGUCACCGUCCGUAACCAGGAUGUCUGCAAGGAGGGCUUUGGAGUGACGGGGGUGGCAGACGCUGUCUUCCUGGACAUCCCCUCUCCCUGGGAGGCCGUCCAACAUGCCAAGAACGCCAUGAAGAGGCAGGGUAAGACACCGGUGUGUGUGCGAGUGUGGAGAAACAGCCAAAAACUUGGUCCCAAUAACAUGACAUUGGCCUGUCCACUCUGAAAUCCCAGCAAGCCUUUGUUCCCUGGCUGUGUAGUGCAGUGCACUCUUCCAUAUUGGAUAUUGAUCUGGGUCAGCAGAGCGCUCAUUAAAUGUGUCCUUAGCUCGCGUGUGUUCCUCCCUGUUUGUUUCUUCCUUGUCACACGGACGCAGAAUAAAGUGACCUGGUUAAAGAGCAUGCAGUGUUCUCCGUGGAGACCAGGGCCUAUGGUGCAGUGGGGGCAAGCCUGGGCAAGUUGGUGGCUUAGUUGGGUGGUCAGUCUCUGUGCGAGCGUGUGUGUGUGUGUGUGUGUGUUCGUGGGCUAAAGGUGGGACAUGAGUAGAAUACAUCACAGGGCUAUUAUUCACAUAACCCUAGCCUAGUACAGUUACUUACUUUGGAUCACUAGUUUAUAAACCGCUUUGUAAAAGAUGGAGUUGAUUUUUAUAAUCCUGAGGCGCAUAAACCGAUAAUCUUAUUAAACGGAAGCCUCAAUAAGAAAUGGAAUGUGGGACAUGGACUAGCAACAAUGCAAAGAGACUCCAGCACCCUUUCGUACAUUCUCUCCCCCAGUAGAUGUUUCAGUCCUCCCUUUUAUGGUUUCACGUCUGCAUAUUUCUCUUUAGCUAUCCGACUUCCCCUUACACGCACAGCCAGAUAUCUGGAUAUAGAAUCAGUCCCAUGACCAUACAGGGUUAUGUGCUGUAGGGAGAGGUUGCAUCAGUCUCCUUUAGGCAAGGCACAAUUUAUUUCCCUAUUUUACAGUCAUAGAGACUGGAGUCCCCAUCUUUCUCUCUCUCUCGUUCACUCUCUCUCUCGUUCACUCUCUCUCUCGUUCACUCUCUCUCUCGUUCACUCUCUCUCUCGUUCACUCUCUCUCGUUCACUCUCUCUCGUUCACUCUCUCUCGUUCACUCCUCUAGAGGACUGAACACUAUGGAGCUGUGUCUCUGUGCUUCAGCUGAGGGCAUCCAGCAGUUCACCAGUCAAUUAUACCGCCCCUGUGAGCUUCACAUGCUCCUGCGCAGUGCUUGUGUAACCACUAAUAAUAAAAGUGCAUUCCAUAUGUUUUCCUUUCCCUGCUUCAGAUUUGGUCAUGCUAUCUGAGAACCAGGGUAAGGGGCAGAAUGUGGAGCAUGGGGCAAUGGAGAAGGGCUUUAUUUAAAAAAAAAAAUUCACUCAUUCUUUAAAAAAAUUGGCCAGUUGCCUGCCCCUUUUAUUUAGAGAAGCUGUGCUCCGAAGACCCUGUAUCCUGGCACGGACUGCCCUGCCCCCCCCCUCUCCUGGUUGCCAGGAGACAUGGGGGCUGUGUUUAGAGCUGCCUAGCGAGAGAAAGGCUGCCAUUAUUUGUCAAUGGAACGUCCGCUAUCUGAGAGAUCCCACAUUUCCAAGACUAGACAUUGACUUUUGUAAGGGCUCGUCUAAUAUCUUACACACACACACACUCCAAAGUAGAAGAAAAGUAUGUGUGCUUGGCACUUACUAGUAACUGUCUGCUUGUGUUGCUUGUUGGACUUGUAAGGCUAAAAGCUACCUCACUUUGUUCCUACACUGUUAAAUCUACAAUCAAGUCUUCUCGCAGUGAGACCUGGGCUUCUGUAAUAGGCGUGUGAUUUAGGCUGCAUGCUUAACUCACUCUCCAGGUUAAUGGAGAUAUCUUGGCAAGCUGCUCUCAUCCCCUGCUGUGGGGCUUGUAUUUAGCAGAGGUAGAGGGAGAUCCUUUGCCGUUUGCACACAUUCUUGGAUGUUAGUUAAUGAUGUGUGUAGGCUGUUUCUCUGGAUACAUUAUCCCAGUGGAAACGCAUGCAUAGUCUUGUGUGUUUGUGAUUCUACUCAUGUAUUCGUACACACUGCCUCGGCUCUUUCAGUUCUGUGAAGUUCAACACUGGUCCUGUCACUGAUUCCUUGUCACCAUAAAACACACACACACAUUCUUCUCCCUGGAGCCUGAGUGUUGCACGUCCAGGUUUUGGCCAGAGAGGAGGAGGUGGUGAUCCUGGGUUAAGUGGAUCUGCUGUGAUCCUGGUAAACUACACUCAUGAGUGGCAGACCUGUCCCUCUCUCUCCCACUGCACGUGUCCUGCUCCAACCCCUUUAAUCCAUCUGUCCUUACACAACCCUCUGUUAAACUGAUUAGGCCUGGGCCUGGAAACACAGCACACACACACAACGUCCCUAUUUGAAGCUGAGGAGACAAUUGGCCCAAGCGUGUUUGUGUUACUGACCUCUGCCUUGGUCAAUAUGCACGGCUGUCUGGCCCCAGAUAUAGUUUGAACAAUAGCUUUCACACACUCCCUGGAUCAGUGUUGUCAACAGCCUGAUCACCACUAGCUCCACCUCUUCUGCUUCUCUCAAUCAACAUUUCCACUGGUCAACAAGGGUGAUCACCAUAGCAAUUACAAUGCCUCUCGAGCAACCGGUGAAAAAUUGCCAUGUGUUCUUCUGUUACUUAAUACUGGAUUUUAAAAUGGUUGACUUGCUUCUGUGUUCAACAUAACACACAAGAACAAUGAAAUGUUUAUGGUGCGGUCAAUAUCGCGUUAAACUCUUGUGGGCAGACUACGUAAACAUAAAUGGGUCGUUCCAUCAAUUCGGUGCCUUUUGAGAAGUGUAACUUGGUAAAAAAUAAAUAAAAAUAAAUUGUUUGAUUUCAUCUAAUUUUAACAUUCUGUCAUAAGAGCAUAUGUUCAAUUCCAUAAACACGCUUUCCCAUCUAAAGAGGUUAAAUAAAUAAAAAAUAUUAUAGUAAGUGCCUAUUUAAAGAUGCACUACGCAGAAAUCGCGCCGCCAUUUCCUGGUUGCAAAAAUUGUAAUAGUUCGCCUAAUUUCAGUUUGUGACAAAAUAAGCAAGUACAGUGUAGAGAAUCAUUGUACCAUCUAAACCGCUGUGAAAUAUAUUUUCCAUAACCAAAAAUAUUGUAUUUUCAGCUGUUUGAAGCUGGUGUACAAAACCGAAAGUAAAAGCCGCAAAAACGUAAGCACGGGAAGCAUAGAAAUAUGUCAACAUAGACUUGCUUUCAAUGAGAAUGGCAUAUAUAUAUAUAUAUAUAUAUAUAUAUAUAUAUAUAUAUAUAUAUAUAUCAUAUAUAUAUAUAUCAUAUAUAUAUAUAUAUCAUAUUUGAAUGUGAAUUAGGUCAGGUCGCCCAAAAAGUUACAUAUUGCACGGUGCUUGGGUUUUUUGUCACUGGUUAUUUGGACAAGGCCCGAUUUUCACAGGUGUAUAACAUCUUUAUAAUGUUGGAAGGGGGGGGGGCAUUUGGCCCAUAGGCUGGCCCAUAACUUGCAGAGAGAGGGUGGAGCUCCUCGUUACGAUUCUGCUCCUCAUUCUAGCAUCUUUACCUCUUCUCUUCUCUUAACGCGUGUGGACCCAGAACUUAAUCGAACAGCUGACCAAUUAUGCAAGACUUUAGUUGUGAGUUAAACGAGAUUACAUUGUUGUGGAUGGAUGUAAAAAAUUAAUAAAUGGCUUUGUAAAUCUCAUUAAAAAUGUUAUCCCAGCAUUGGAAUCCAAGUCAGGAGCCGAGUCUGUUUCUGGUCUCUAAACCUGUUUUCUGAAUCUCUUAAACGUAGCUAGAGGAUUCUCCAAAAUCUCCAUUAGGGAUGAAUAUACCAAACUCUGGAUGUUUACAUAGAAAUUGCCUAGAAGCAAAGCAUGUGAGAUUCAAACAGAAUAAUUGACUAAUUCUUGUUGGCUUUUUCUACCCUUAUUUACCCUCUGUCGCCAUCCUGUAAUCCCCCUGUCUCAUCCACUCUCUCUCUCUGCAGGGGGACGUUUGUGCUCCUUCUCCCCAUGUAUUGAGCAGGUGCAGAAGACGUGUGCGGCACUGGCUGAUGAGGGUUUCGAGGAGAUCAGCACUCUGGAGGUUCUGCUGAAGGUGCAUGACGUACGCACCAUCACGCUCCCCCUACCAGACUUUGGUCCUGACCGGCCCCUGGAGACCCCCACCGACACCCCAGUCCCUAGCAACACCUCUGUUCUCUGUAAGACAACCACGCCCCCCAGGGAGAUGGCAGGGCACACAGGCUACCUCACCUUUGCCACCAAACCCCGGGUGUAG